UCGAAAUACAUCUUUACAUCACACGUCAGUGGCUACUGAGCUGUCUUCAAAGUAACACGGAUUAGAUACACGCACUUUGUAAGAAUGUCCGCGUGUUGAUAGUGACAGACUGUUGUGAUUAGGACUGUGAUUGAACAAUUGUUAGUUUCUUCGAUGGCAGUAUCUACUUUGAACAUGACGCCGUACUUCACCGGAUACUCUUUCCAAGGGCAAGGACGUAUGAAUCAGUUAGGAGGUGUGUUCAUCAACGGGCGCCCUCUACCGAACCACAUCAGACUGAAGAUUGUGGAGAUGGCGGCUGCGGGCGUGAGGCCUUGUGUCAUCUCACGACAGCUUCGUGUCUCACAUGGCUGUGUCUCCAAGAUACUUAAUAGAUACCAGGAAACUGGCUCCAUCCGUCCCGGGGUGAUCGGCGGAUCCAAGCCUAGAGUUGCAACGCCCGAAGUUGAGAAUCGGAUAGAAGAACUCAAGAGACAGAACCCAGGUAUAUUCUCCUGGGAGAUUAGAGAUAAACUUAUAAAAGAAGGCAUUUGUGAUAAAAACACUGCGCCGUCAGUGAGUUCUAUUUCGAGGCUUAUACGAGGAGGCAAAAGGGACGAUACAGAUCCUAGAAGAAACCAUAGUAUUGAUGGUAUUCUAGGUCCGUCAUCUUGCGAAGAUUCGGACACAGAAUCGGAGCCCGGUAUUACGCUAAAGAGGAAGCAGAGAAGAUCCAGGACUACCUUCUCAGGGGACCAACUUGAAGCUUUAGAACGUGCUUUUACAAGAACCCAAUACCCUGAUGUGUACACAAGAGAGGAGUUGGCGCAGAAGACGAAGUUGACAGAAGCUAGAGUUCAGGUAUGGUUUUCGAACCGAAGAGCAAGACUCCGAAAGCAAUUGAAUUCGCAACAAUUGAGUGCUUUUAACACUAUGUCCUUGCAGUCCGCCUUCCCUCCCGUUCACCAACAAUACGAAACCCCAUCUUCCUUCAACGCUCAGUGUGCCUCCUGGCAGCAAUCGUAUUCCUCUUUGGGUACGAGCUCUGUGCUGAACUCUGCUUUAGCUCCUUCUUUGCAUCAAUCUACUCUCUCGGCACCUUCAGUAUGUCAAUCUACUUUACCGUCGUCAUUGCAUCCACCAACAUCAAGUUCGUUUUCGUCUGGUAAUUUAACACCUUUAUCUCACUCCUCGGAGAUUGCAACGCCCCUACAAGCUGGAGCUGAUGCUACUCCACCCAGUUCAAGUCCGACUACUGCUAGUUCCCCAUCUGCAAUCCAGAGUAGCGGUUUGACCUACCAGCACCCGACAUAUCAAAAUGCAGGCGACAUUCCACAUCCUUAUGCCUACGGGGAUUACGCAAAGCAGGACCAUAUGACGGCACACAAUCACUGGACUUCAAGACAACUGAGCCACUCUCAGAACAAGUUAGCAGAAGUCAGCGCGUGGCCUGAGAAUUAUAGUCCAUUCUUUGGAAGCAAUGCAUCGCAUUACGUAUCUCAUGCUCACUCACCGACAGAGGCCAAGUCAGGAUAUCCAUAUAUCGGACAGCUUGGUGGUAUGGAUAUGGGUCGAGUACAUUGAAGAGCUUUGAAUGUCAAUUAAAACAAAUAUUUGUCUACAUAUUCUUAUUGUCAGGAAAUUAAUCAACCAAGCAUUCUAUAUAAGUUUCUAUUAUCUAUGUCUUAUAUUAAUAUAGACUAAUUAAAAUAAUACACCAGUAUUUACAAUAGACGUUUGUAUACAUUGUUGACACUGACAGCUGUCAGUAUAAGUGCCCUUAGUAACCAUAGAUGAAAUUGAUGAUAUUUUUAUGAUAGGAAUAUUAACAUUUGCAUAUCCACUAACCUGUAACAAUUGUAAGAUAAGAAUUUUUCAAAUUGAAAGCACAUUUGUGCGCGACUGUACCAUAUAGGUAUUAUAUUUAGGCACACUAUCUGUAUUAUUUUAUAGCUUUAGUUAAAAGCGUUCCUAAGUAAUGUUAACUAAUUUAGGGUUACAAUUGUCUAAAUGCCGUUUUCAAAUAUAUAAACUCCAUACAAGUAAGUUUUUGGACAUCCUUGAUUCAUUUUGUUUACUUAUAGAUUAAUUUUUGGUUUAUUUCUAAACAUGAGCCUUUUUUAACAUUUUAAACAUUCUCUCUCAUGUAUAGUAUAUUGUUACAUAAGCAAACGUGAGUAUAAUAUGAAGACGGAUUUAAAUUUAAGUGUUGAGUAUUUUUAAGUAAUAUCAGUAUGCAUGGCCUUGUAUAAAAUUGUGAUGUAGCAGAAUAUAUUUAUUUUUAGAGAAAAAUGUGCAAAUUGAUUUAGGUUAUUAAUUUUGUAUAAUUAACGUUUACCGAAAUAAAUAAUAUUCAUAAAG